AUGACGUCGCAGCUAUAUUUUGAAGGCCCAUGGUCGAUUCUCAGCACUGUUUGCAUCGGCAACGUUCUUAUAGGGUUCGUUGUAUGCGGCAUCACCUGUUUCAAUGCCCUCGGUGCAGUACCGAUAGUUUCAUCCGUUGGUGGAGCCAUCGCCAACGGAGUUUGCUAUUACGUCUACUACGGAUCAACUUCUCCUUUUCAAAGCGCUGUGGCAUCAGUAUUUGGAAACUUGUUUUGGCUUGUCCAAGAGGCUAGUUUAUUAUUUUACAGCUACAUCAUACUAAGCUCCGUUCUUCAAGACUUCCGCCGCCGCAUUUUCAUUUUUCUAUUUUGGGUCGUUAUGCUCGCAAUUAUUCUCACACGUAUCCCGAUUGCCGUGUUUGAAAUACGACCCCUCCUUCAAUCCGAGGUACCCUUGCCAAUUAUCACCAAUUACCUCCAUAUCGGGCAUUAUAGCUUGAUUGCACUUCUUGAAUGUAUAAGUGCGUACUUUAUGAUUGAUUUGUUUGUAUCGGCCAAGAAAACGUCUCUCGAGGCAGCUCUACGGGUUGGACUCUUUCGCUAUCUUGUGCGGAGUACGGAAAUCCGUGUCGCCAUUCUUGCCGUACUAGGCAUUACCCGAACUUUUACACACGCCUUCAGAACUCCAGGUCCGAAAUUGUCCAACAUUGCUAGUCAGCUGGAUCUAUUUAUCUAUACUUUGACUUGUCUCUUUCCAGUUGUUCUGUAG